AUGGACUUUGGGCAAUUGAUUCAGCACGUUGCUGACGGCGCAGGCCAUGUGGUCAAGGAGUCUGCCCAGAUCAGUAGCCAUGUUGCCCAGGCUGUUGGAGGAGGGGCAGCCGAGUUUAUUCGCAAUACCGCUCAGACGACUGAAGACCUUGUGGAAGGAGGUACAGGGAUCGGCCGUGGCUUCACAAGGGAUACUGCUGAUCUGAUCAGGAAAACUGGAGGAGCUGUGGGAAUAUCGGCUGGCACCGACAUUGUCGCGGACAUUGUGCAGGGCACUGGUGACACGGCCGCUGGUGCUUUCCAGAACGUUAGUAACGUGCCAAUUUGGACUGCAAGGGGAACAGCGGACGUGAUCUCUUUCGUUGCAAACACAGGCAGCUCUGUCAUCGACGCAAUCGGCGAGGCAGCCGCAGAAGGUCUAUCUCUUGCGGUGCGACCAGGAGAACUCGUUCACCGGGUUUCUCAGAUAUCACUGGAUACCGCAUACAAUAUGGUGAUCCAGAGAUUGCGGACGUUUUCUCUAACUUCGACUUCUGUUAUGGUCAUUCUCAUACUUGGUAUGUCGACAAUAGCGGAAUCCAAAGCAAGGAUACUUGGCGCUGAUUCUGAUAGCCAUCGCACUGCUCUCAUAUAUCUCAACUAUAUGUUCGAAUUUCUCUAUCGCGAUAAUAUCUGCGAUCAUUGUUCUGGUGGCACUGCGUUGGUUUCGGUCACGUUCCCUUCGCUGAUACCCGGACUUGCAUGA